AUGGUGGAAGGGGGAGGUGGAGGUGGCUAUGGCGGACGUGACUGUGUUGAGGUGGUGGUUGUGGUGGUGUUUGGUGUGGUUGGAAUGGUUGUAGAGGGUGUUGAUAGUGAUGGUGAACGUGACUGGCUUGUGGAUCACCUGAAGAUCCGCCACCCCAGCCGCACUCGGGGUGGCAGAUCUUCAGCUCUCGGGGCCGCCUUGCCUCCUGGACGGGUGCUCGAAGAGAGUGCCCGUGGUGGCUAUCGAAGAGACCCCUCUUACCUCCUGUUGGUUAACGGUCUGCUUAAAGUCUUCCUGCACGCCAUCCAGCACUACAGUCGAAACACCGCGGGCAGGAGGCUUCAGCUUCACGCCUUUGUGGGCAUCAUCAGUAUGGCGGAUGCCUUCAAGAUCUCCAGACUGAGUGGUAACACGGAGAGCAAGUGGAAGAAACCUUGGGAGACUUCCAUGACUCAGGAACAAGCACACCUCACUGGGAGCCUUGUGACUGACAGGUGGUUCAGACCGACUGGGAGACAUGACGUCAGUGACACCACGCAGGGAGUAAAACCAAGAGGAGGAAGAGGAGCAUUCAAGAGACAUCAGCUGGCCAGCAGUCCAUUCAGGAGUGCAGCCUCUACAAGUGGUGGAGGGCAUGGACACUUGGAUAUGGAUGACACUGGUUUGGGUGCCAAAUAUUAAUAGUGCACCUACACAAUUACCACACUCGCUCCUCUCACCAGGCUUAACUAUAAAUAAUUAAAGGUAAAUAACAUCUGUCAUCUAUUAUCUAUUGUAUUCUAUAUUGCUGUUAAUGUUUCAUGUAUAAUGUCUUUGCUUUCAAAUGCAAGUCAAAAGGGUGAACCCCAUUUAUAGUACUAUUCACGUUUGGCAAAUUUCACUUUUGACAUUGGUUUGGCUACACUAAUUAAACUGCUAACAGUGAGGGACUACUGUAAAUGUAGUAAUAAUUAUAAUAAUAAUAAUAAUAAUAAUAAUAAUAAUAAUAAAAAGUAAUGAUAAAGUGCAAGACAUGUUCAUUAACGCAAUUAUUUUCUCCAACAUGGAGUGAGUGAGUGAGGAGGCACAUCUGUCUGUGAUUAGGGAAUGCAAAUGAUGAUGUUCCAAGGAUGUCACCCUGUCCUGGGCCAUGACAUGAGAGAAGAGGAAAAAAGGACUCUCUCUCUCUCUCUCUCUCUCUCUCUCUCUCUCUCUCUCUCUCUCUCUCUCUCUCUCUCUCUCUCUCUCUCUCUCUCUC